CAUCAUAUUACGCUGCUUUCUUCCUCACAUCAUUUUGCGUAAGAUGCCUAAAAGCAUUACACGUUUGGCAAAGAAAAUGGGUUUGUCUUUCACCAAACUUUUCAGCCGGCUGUUUGCCAAAAAAGAAAUGAGAAUUCUCAUGGUAGGGCUGGAUGCUGCUGGUAAGACCACAAUAUUAUACAAGCUUAAGUUGGGAGAGAUAGUGACAACAAUUCCAACUAUUGGAUUCAAUGUGGAGACAGUAGAAUACAAGAACAUUAGCUUCACUGUUUGGGAUGUUGGUGGUCAAGACAAGAUUCGACCGUUGUGGAGACAUUACUUCCAGAACACUCAAGGGCUAAUUUUCGUUGUUGAUAGUAACGACAGAGAUCGUGUUGUUGAGGCCAGAGAUGAGCUGCAUAGGAUGCUAAAUGAGGAUGAACUGAAAGAUGCAGUUCUUCUUGUGUUUGCAAACAAACAAGAUCUUCCCAAUGCCAUGAAUGCUGCUGAGAUAACCGACAAGCUCGGACUUCACUCUCUUCGCCAACGUCAUUGGUAUAUCCAGAGCACAUGCGCUACAACGGGAGAAGGGCUAUAUGAAGGGUUGGACUGGCUCUCCAACAACAUUGCUAACAAGUAGUCAUAAGACAUGGCUGUCUCUACACUGGUUGAUGAACAGAGAGAGCAUUCUUCUUUAUUCUGACCACCACCCCACAUUGUACACUGCAAUAGGUUUAUCUGUAAUUUUCACCAAGGGAUAUUGGGCUUUAUUUGUAUAUGUAUGUAUGUAUUUAUUUAUUUAUGUUAUAGUAUUAUUAUUUUUGUAUGUAGUUUCAACACUUAUAUUG